GCCUUGUAGCUAGCAGUCCAUCACUCGCACACCGAAGAAAAAAGCGGGUCAUCUACGCUGUCCGUAUUCAUUGGAAACCCCCAAUCGCUUUUUCGGCCUGCCAAAUAUGACAGUGCAUGUUGUUGUCUUGUCCUUCAAGACCGGAGGAGUCUCAGCAGCACUUGUCCAAGGCCCGGCGGGUGGACAGAUCGGAGCCUACACUGUGUGCAUGAUGGCACUGUCAUACACCGAUAUCGGCGUGAAUCGAUUCGAAUGCAUCGUAGGGCAGCGUUUGUUCAAGACAUUCCGGCCCGCGCACUUCGCCGAUGACCCUCAAUGGGCUGAAUUACUGUACAGUCGAUACAUCCACGACAUUCCAGCAAUCGAUGGCUAAUGAUCGUACCACUCGAUCGAAAUAUAUAUGUCCUAUGGUGGUCAGCGGUUCAUUACAAGAAAUCAAAGGAUAGCAAGCCUUCGCGGAUCGUGGUAUCUCUGCGCGGUAGACCCUCGAUCCUGUAGCGUGG